AUGAUUCCUGCAAAAUUAGUCGCUCUUGUUGUGCUCUUGCUACCUGUAUGCUCCAGCAACCUAUUCAAUUAUGCUCCUACGAUUAUCACCCAUUUCAGGAAACUUCCGAGCUGUCCGAUGAGGGGCGACACUUCGAUACAAAUAAUGAGGUCUCUGUUCUAUAAAGCCCAUAACGCAUUCCGCCAUAAGGUCGCAACUGGUCAGAAAGUGUCUGAUUUAGAGUACGAUCACUCUCCUCGACUAAUGACAGGAUCGACAUACGAUUGCGAAUUGGAAGGAUAUGCGAGGGAAUUCCUCGACCGAAGUGAUUAUCAGAGAACCGGACACGCUGUCAACCACAAAGAAGGCAUAGUUAAUAAUCGUGGCAAUUGGAUGUAUGAAUUGGCAGCUGUGGUGGACGAAUGGACCAAAGAGUACGACUCAAGGACACGACUUAUGCAUCCAUAUGCACCUUAUAUGGGAUGUGCAUAUAAGCACUGGGACGGAAGUGACGGAAAGCUUCAUUUCAAAGUAGUCUGCGUCUACAGGGAUGAUCGAAGCAGAUCCGAGAUACCCCAGAAGGGAGUGUCAUGCAGCAAGAAUCAAGACUGCGGAAUAUUUGCGUGGGAUUACGAAUGCCUUGAAAAUCUUUGUUUUGCUCCAACCCGCACUGUUAUUUAUAGCUAA